AUGGAUGAUGAAGACGGCAGGUGCCUUCUCGAUGUGAUUUGUGACCCAGAAGCUCUCAAUGACUUUCUUCAUGGAUCUGAGACCCAUUUGGACACUGACGACCUUUUGGAUGGUUCGGGUGAUCCCACCAGCUCGUUCUUCUCUGCCGCCGAAGGCCAUGUUCCAGAGGUCCAGCCUACAGUCCAGCUCUCGGCCAAUGAGGCGGCAGGUCUGCCAAGAGUCAGUGUUGACCUGGACUUCUUGGAGGAUGAUGACAUCCUGGUCGGCUCCCCCGACGGGGAAGGCGGGAGCAAUGGCAUCGGGACGAACCACGAGCCCUGCGACAUCCUGCAACAGAGCUUGGCCGAGGCUAACAUCACCGAGCAGAGUUUACAAGAAGCCAAUGCAGAGCUGGACCUGGAAUCUUUUGAGAUUCCAGGACUUCCGCAGGUUGUUCAGACACUACCCGAAGGCAGCCUCUCUGGGGCUGCGAGUGCGGCGGUCGGUGUAGGUAUAAGCGUCGGGGGGACAGCGGCGAUCUUUCCAGGGUCGGCCCAAAGCGCUACCGGUACUCCACCGAAUGCAACCGCAGACAUGUUGGGCUCUGUUCUGGCUCAACAAGGCCUUCAGCUUCAACCACAAGUCAUGAAUAAGGCCAUCAGUGUUCAACCGUUCAUGCAGCCUGUGGGCCUUGGGAACGUGACACUUCAACCAAUUUCAAGUCUUCAAACGCUCCCCAACGGAAGCCAGUCUGGACAUUUGGGGAUCGGACAGAUUCAGGUUGUGGGACAACCCACGGUCAUGACGAUCAAUCAGUCGGGGCAGCCCAUCCUGGCCAAAGCCAUGGGUGGCUACCAGCUGCAUCAGUCUGCGCCGGAGGUCUCUGGGGCGACUACUCAGACAGGGCUCAGUGCGCCAGGAGGUGGACUUCUCAUCCAAAGCAACAAAACCACUUUGGGAUCUCCAGCUUUAAAUGGACCAGCCACAGUUGUUAGCAGUACAAAUAGCACCAGUGGCGGCACCAUGACCGCUCCUGCUGGACUUUUGGGCUUCGGAAGCACGCCCUUGAGUUCAGGAAUGGCAUCCCAGACUCAAACUCAAGGCCAAAUUAUGCACAACGUGAUUAUCCAGCGCACACCAACACCCAUUCAGCCUAAACCUCCUCAGGGAGGCACUCUCCAAACAAAACUCUUCAAGCCGCAGCAACAGCAACCCCAGACGGUACCGUCGAACCUGCAAAACGAUGCCACCAAGGCUCUCGGGCUGCAGCAAAUUCCCGUUUCUGCUGCUCAGAAUGUAACUUUCCUUACGGGAAAACCAGGAUCUAACGUUGUACUUGGCACUCAAGCCACCCCGCAAGGUUCGCAGUUCCAGCAAACGCUCUUCAAGCAACAAGCGGCACAAGCAGCGGGGAAGCCGCUCAGCGUGCACUUGUUAAACCAAUCAGGCAGCAUCGUGAUUCCCUCUCAGACGGUUCUGCAAGGGCAGAAUCACCAGUUCCUCCUUCCGCAGUUGCAAGCAGGUGGUCAAAUCCUUACCCAACACCCCGGGGGUCACAUCAUAACCAGCCAGGGCCCUGGUGGGCAGCUCAUUGCCAACCAGAUUUUAACGGCGAACCAGAACAUCAACUUGGGUCAGGUGCUGACCUCCCAGGGACAUCCCGGAGCUGCCCACAUUCUGUCAGGACCCAUUCAACUCCAGCCUGGCCAGAUGGGCGCGCCAACCCUGUUCCAGAUGCCGGUCACAUUGCCUCAGACGCAGAACCAGGCGCAGACCCAUACUGUCUCGGGGCACGGUCCCACAGUCAUCCAAGGCAUGCCCAUCCAGAACUCCUUGACAAUGCUCGGUCAGGUUGAUGGCUUGAGCCCAGCGGUCAGCCUUCAGACUGCUCUGCAAGCUCAGCCAGGUGGCGUCCCCAGCAGCAGCAGUAGUAGUAUUAACAAUUGCAGUAGUAGCAGCAGCACCGGUGCGACCACAAUGGCGGCCACAAUGGCCCAAGGGCAGCCUGGAGAGUGUGUCACUGUACUGGGGACCUCCACUGACCAGGCUGCCCAGCAGGCCUCAAUGAUCGCCAUGCAGCAACCUACCGCCGCGGUCACAGUCGCGUCCUCAUCAGCUCCGUCCAUCCCCACCUCUUCGUCGCUAACCGCCGUCGGCUUGGUUCCUCAGCAGGCUCAGCACAGUCCAGGAAGACUUCUGUUUACCAACCAGGGUUCCAGCAUGAUCCUGAGCCAGGAGUCUCUACAGAUGUUCCUGCAGCAGGUCGGUCCAGAGAACAGAGAGAGUGAUUUCACCCCCUCUGUGGGCGUCCCGGCGUCCGUAAUCGUCAACAGCGCCAGUGUCACCUCUCCGGCCCAAUUAAGUGACUCGUUGGUGGGUCAGAGCCCCCCAGUGGUCAAGCAGGUACCCUCCAGUGGGCACCAGCAGCCGUUGAAAAUUCAAGGCAUGUCCCCCUCGCCAGCCCUGACCAGUCACGCCACGGCGCCCCCUGUGUCCGACAGCCCCAAGCCCUCGCAGUCGCCGCUGACUCUGAGCCAGCAAAUCCAGUCUCCACACCAACAGCAGUCACGUCCUCCCUCGCAGCCCCAGCCGCCAUCGCAAACUCCUUCCCGCUCUUGCACGCCGUCAUCCCACCCGCCGCCUCUCUUUAUCGUCCACAACCAAGUCACCGAGUCCCCCUCACAGCCCCAAGUGGCGCAACCGCAGUCAACUCCAAUCCAAGUACAACUCCUGUCCCAACCGCGGCCCUCCUCUCAACCGGCACCCUACCAACAGCAGGAUCAGCCCCCCGUGUCCCGGUCGCCCAAGCCCUCGCUCACGCACUCGUUCGCCGCCGCCACGCCGGUUCCCGCUGUGUUAAAAGCACAGGGGCCCAUCCACAGCCUGACUGCGGAUCAGCAGCAGCACUUGGCGCUGUUGGGUUCGCAAAUCCAGACGCUGUCGGCCAUCAGUCAGCCCUCGUUGCAGCAGAAGCAGCUGCUGGAAAAGCUCCACCAGAUCCAGCAAAGCAUCCUGCUGCAGGUCAAGCAGCCCACUCAAGCUCAGGCUCAAGUGCAGUUUAGCGUGCAGCAAGACGUGCCUGUCGACAAAGUGGCAAUCACCUCAUCGGUCAGCGCCACGACACCCGCUCAGCUGACCUCCGCGCUGCAGCCCACCCCCAUGCUCAUUACAAGUACCGCUACAGCCUCAAGUGACUUACAGGUCGUCUCAGGAGUCCAGGGACCAGCUGGAGCCACGGUGAAUAAGACCAUCGCUCCUGUGAGCCUUACACAGCCUGCACAGGUGCAGCCAAAGCCUGGAGUGAUCAGUUCAGUUGGAGGGAUUACUUUGGGUAAAGGUGGCAUGCAGAUCCACGUGUUGGGCGCCAAUGUCACCCAAAUGCCUGCUCCACAGCACCCCGCUCCUCUACAACCUCAGACAACAGUGAAGAUGCCUUUCAGUGCAGAGCCCAGUAAAGAAGCCAGGUUCCUGGAGCAGCUGAGGAAACAUCAAGGCUCGGUUCUCCACCCCAACUACAGCGCUCCUUUCUACUCGUUUGAGGACACGUUGCACCGAUUACUGCCUUACCAUCUCUACCAGGGAACUGCCAACUCGUCUCAAGAUUAUCAGAAAGUGGAUGACGAAUUUGAGAGCGUCUCCUGCCAGCUGCUGAAGAGAACGCAAGCCAUGCUUGAUAAAUAUCGAUACCUCCUCUUUUCCGAAUCAAAGCAGAGACUUGGCCCCUCGGCAGAGAUGGUGAUGAUCGAUCGCAUGUUCAUCCAGGAGGAAAAGCUCGCGUUAAGUCAGGACAGGAUUUUGGCCAAGGAGAGACCAGAGGAAUUUGUCGCCAACGCUCGUCAACUGGAGAGUUUGGCUUCUUCCCAUCAGAAGUCUCCUCUGCCUCAGCUCACCGCCAGUAUCAGCGUCGCCCCAGCCCCCGCCACGGCUCCACCACCACCGCCGGAACCCGCGCCUCCCGUUCCGGCGGUUCCGUCGCACGUCCCACCAAAGCCCCCUCCCGCUCGCACCCCGUCUCCGACUCCUGUCGCCGCCCCUCCCGUCACCCCUCCGCCUACCGCCUCCUUCCCAACAAAACUGGUGAUAAAACAGGGCGGCGGCGGGGCAUCGGUGUCGUGGUCCAGUAGCUGCGCCCCUCCUCCAGGGGGAGCUGAAGCGGUCAACACAAACCCCGUUUUCACACGCGUACACACAGCCUCAUCAUUGUUCUCCUCCUCAAACUCAAAAAUGGACGACGAUGAUGAUGACGAGCUUCCGCAGAGGGUCAGCAAGCCGCCCAUCAAGACCUACGAGGCGCGGAGGAGGAUCGGCCUGAAGCUUAAAAUCAAGCAGGACCAAACGGGUUUUGGUAAGGUGGUCCACAACACGGCUUUAGACCCCGUACACACAUCUCAGCCGAACAAAUCCCAACCCUCCCCCGCCCCCACACCCGUCGAGGGCUCUCAAACCCAGUCACCCGUACCGGCACCCACGCAGUCCUCGCCCUCCACACAAAUGAACGGCACUCUGGAGCACCAUGUACCGGCCCCCGCCAACACCGCCCCCUCGCAGACCACCUGCCGCCUCCCUCUCCGAAAGACUUACCGCGAAAACGUCAGCCCCCGGGUCAGGCCGGGCGUCCCCGGGGGCGGCGGGGACGACGACUCGGCGCCCUACCCGGCCCCAGUGCACGAGAGGACGGUCAUAGCCAGCGUGAAGGUAGAAAAACUGAGCCGGGACCCCGUUGACGAGGUGUUCAAACACGCCGUCAAGGGGUCGAAGGGGAGCGGGGACGAUUGCUCGGAGCAGGGCGACUUCCCCAAAUACAAGAGGACCGGUGGGAAAACAAAACAGCGGCAAGCGGGGACUUUUCGCAUGGACCAGCACGCGCCGGGGCCCCCUUCGCCGGACUUCGCCUCGCUCCCCGCCAAGCGCUGCAAGUCGGACUCGCCCGACAUGGACAACGCCAGCUUCUCUAGCGGCAGCCCCCCCGACGACUCCCUCAACCAGCAUUUGCAAUGCGCCAUCGACAGCAUCCUCAACCUACAGCAGGAGCCCGCGCCCCGUGGGCACCAGCACAAGGGCGGCAACGGCCGGACGCGACCGAGACCCUCGGCGCCGCCGCCCUCGUCGUCUUCCUCCGCAUCGUCCGCCGCUUCCUCGCUGGCCCAGCACGCUCAGGUCAGUGGCCGGGGCCACAAUGGCAGCCUGGUUCCGCAGACUCAGAGUAGAUAA